AAUUAUUUAUAGAUUGACUUUCCAGUGGAAUUUCAUCAUAUGUGCUUUUCUACACAAAAGACCAUCAGAAACCCCUCGGUUCAUAAACUAGCUCUUGGGGAAAACAGAUCUCUUGUCUCCCCAUUUCACACAUGAGAAAAGUAAGGCCCAGAUGGAGGUACUUUCUCCAUCUCCCAGAGAUGCUAAAUGAUGCUGUAACUACUGCUUCCAGUUCCUACAGGGCUACAUUUAUUCUUCCUCAACCCCCAGCAAACACUUCCACAAGCGCCUUUUCCCACAUGUGGGUACGACCCAGAGGCGAAGGGGAACCCCCAGUAGCUGGAGACCAAUGCCUGGCAGCCAGGCCACUGAAAGCGCAAAGAGUUGGGGAACUAGGAGUCCCAUACAGGCACGACGCAAAGGCAGCCAAUGGCCACAAGAGGGAGUGCGCAGACUCCGGAGCCUGAGCGCUCUUCAAGGGGCGGGGCCCGUGAACGGCGCGCAUGCGCUCGAGGGGACGUGGCGGCGCCAGCCUGUGAAGGGCAGGACGGUGGCCGAGAGGGUACCAGAGGAGGACGGUGGCCCGCGAGGUCUGGCAUGGAGCAUCUGGAGCGCUGCGAGUGGUUCCUCAGGUGGACGCUGGUGCGGGCGGCCGUGCGACGCUACCUGCCGUGGGCGCUGGUGACCUCCAUGCUGGCUGGCUCACUCCUCAAGGAGCUCUCUCCGCUGCCUGAGAGCUACCUCAGCAACAAGCGCAACGUCUUGAACGUGUAUUUUGUCAAGAUGGCCUGGGCCUGGACAUUCUGUCUCCUCCUGCCUUUCAUUGCCCUCACCAACUACCACCUGACGGGCAAGGCCAGCCUGGUCCUACGGCGGCUGAGCACCCUGCUUGUGGGCACAGCCAUCUGGUACGGCUGCACAACCCUCUUCUCCAACAUCGAGCACUACACUGGCAAUUGCUACCAUUCGCCGGCCCUGGAGGGGGUCAGAAAGGAGUGCCAGAGCAAGCAGCACUGCCACAGGGAAGGAGGCUUCUGGCAUGGCUUUGACAUCUCAGGUCACUCCUUCCUGCUGACCUUCUGUGCCCUCAUGAUUGUGGAAGAGAUGGCCGUGCUACAUGAGGUGAAGGUGGACCGAAGCCACUGCCUCUACACUGCCAUUACUACCCUGGUCGUCGCCCUGGACUUCUUGACCUUCAUUUGGGUGUGGAUGUUUCUGUGCACAGCUGUUUAUUUCCAUGAUGUAUCCCAGAAGGUGUUUGGCACCUUGUUUGGUUUGCUGGGUUGGUAUGGGACAUAUGGGUUUUGGUAUCAGAAAUCCUUUUCCCCAGGACUUCCUCCCCAGAGCUCUCCUUUGAAUUUGAAGCAAGACAGUUAUAAGAAAUAAGGGAAACAAAAGGGGAGUUGGACAGCAGGACAAUGGCUAAUGUAUUUUCACUUAAUUUAUUUAGUUAUUGAUAGCAUUAUUGAUUCCACUUCAGAGGGGAAGCUUACUGGGCAGUUUUGGGGAGUGGUGGUGAAGUCUGGGGUACAAGUUCAGCCUUUAGGCUCUUCUUGGUAUAUCACCUGUGUCACCAGCAUCACCAUUCCUACCAGACAGUUUUUGUCCCUGAUAAGACUUAAUCUUUAUCUGGAACACCCCUUUGGUCCCUAGAGGGGAAAGCUAAAGCUCAAUGAAAGGACAGAAUCAGAAAUGCCUCUGUGGCAUGGCUCAAGGGGAGGCCAUAGCCUCAGGACUCCUCUGUUGCCGUCUUCCUGAUUCUAGCUGUCUUUUGAUUUUAGCGGCUGUUGAUACUGGUGUUUUUGUUUUUGUUUUUUUAACAGUAUUUCCCCCUGGUCAGUUUUGCCAUAGGCAUUUAUUUCUGGCAGGGUUCUGUAUAAAACACCCCAGUGCCUGAAAGACAUUAUCUCAUUAUAGUAUUUUGUUUCUUUUGUGGAAUGUUGCAUAUUACAGCUGGCUGUGAUCAGCCACGAAAAUGACCCAUUACGCUGCAGUGGCUCUUUAACUGAGCGCUAGCUGAUUUUUACAUACUGAACAAUGUCCAUGUUGUCUGUUGUUAUAUGUCGGAUUUUGGAGCAAUAAGGUUACUUUUUUCCCCCCUCUUCUAUUUUGAGUGACUGCUUCAUAGUUUUUAAUAAUGACUGUGGUGUUUGUUCUUCUUUGACAAAACUGAAAAUAACUCAUAGGUCCGGUGUUGCACUUUGGCACACGUAGACUGUUUUGAGGGUUUUGUUUUUAGAACACUAAUUUACUUUUUAUAAACCAAACUCUUGGCUUAUAGUAUUAAAUUUCACCUCAUGGAGUUAUUUCCAGUAUUAAGAAGGGAACCAGAAAUCAGGCUAAUAAUUUGGUGAAUUUAAAACCGAGUCAGAGUAAUUUUACACAAUUUUGUGCUGGAACUUUCCUGACCACGUAUUAGUUGUGUAGUCAGAACAGUGUUUCAGGGUCAUAGGACAAGUGCAUUAGUCCCUAUGCUGUGGCCCAAGUCAUUUUCACCUUUGGACAUGAUUAUGAUGUUUCAGAAGUGAAGUAAAAUUUCUCCCUCUCAUGGCUGGAAGCCA